UUACAUGCUUGGCGGUUACAUUGGCGUUGCCAUACUAUGUGCAGCAGCCGACUUAACGUCUGAGAAAAUAAGGCGCGCUGAUCGCAGCUGUUUUUAGUUUUUGCAACUUUGUGUUUUUGUUUUUUUUUCUGUUGGCUGUGAAUAAACCUUAACUGGCACAAAGCUGAGCUAGGCAUUUAUGAUCAAAUUUAGCAACGCUUAGUGAAGAAUUGAGCAUGGAUCCAACAAUAUCAGUUUCCAAGGGCUGCUUUGUUUAUAAAAAUGGCGCAACGCGCGCUGCCAAACGGAAGCGUAAUGCUCACGUAAAACAGCCCAUUAGCAGCAUUUUGGGUAAAGAGAUUACCACACAACCAUUCUAUAAGGCAUAUACAGAAUGUUGGAGACAGUUGCAUACUCAUAUGAGUGAGCUGCAGAUGGCAAGCAAUGCGCGCACACUGGAGCAGCUAAUACAAUUUAUAACUCGACGGGGUGAGGGUGCUGACAGCGAUCAAAAUGUAUUGCCCACGGCAGCGCUAUUGACUGGCAUCAAUCAGCCCGAUCAUUUAAAGCAAUUUGAGACGCUGACAGAGCGCUUGCAUCGGGAACAAACAGCACGCGUUUGUGUGCUGCAGUCGCGUGAUUGCAGCACAUUGAAGGCAGCCAUAGAGACCAUGGUAUAUAAUUUGAUUGACGACACACUUGAGGCUGGAGCUGAAGCUGAAGGAGAUGCUGAAGUUGAAACUGAUUGUGAUCGGGAGCGCAAGCGUUUGCGACGUGGUCACUGCACUCUAAAGCAGUUAAAUGCUUGGUAUGCCGAUAAUUUUGCUGCCACUGAGAGGCAACGCACGCUGGUUGUUAUAUUGCCAGAUUUUGAGUGCUUUAAGAUGCAAGUGCUGCAGGAUUUAAUGCUUAUACUAAGCGCUCAAUGCGACAAGCUGCCCUUUGUGCUAGUGCUAGGCGUGGCCACAGCAAUGACGGCAGUACACAGCAGCUUACCCUAUCACAUUACCAGCAAGAUAAAUUUACGCGUGUUUCAAACCCAAGCAGCGCCACAGGCGCUCAACGAACUGCUCGAUCAGGUGCUAUUGUCGCCCAAGUAUGCGUUUCACUUGUCCGGCAAAGCCUUCAAGCUGCUCACGCACAUUUUUCUCUACUAUGACUUUUCCAUACAAGGAUUCAUUCAAGGCUUCAAGUACUGCCUGAUGGAGCAUUACUUUGCUGGCAAUGCUUUUGCGCUCUGCACGGGUUACAGCCAGGCGUUGAGUCGCAUACAGCAGUUGGCACAUGAGGAUGUGGAAACCAUUAGACGCUUGCCCUCAUUUCGGCCUUAUGUGGAGCAGAUCAAUGAUUGCAAGCGCGUCAUCGCCGUAUUAACCGAUGACAACUAUUUAAAAAAGAAGUUGCCGCAGCUGCUGCGCGACUGUCAGCUCUACUUUUUGCAUUUUCGCUGUGCACUGGAGUUUUUUACGCAGCUAGUGGCGGAUCUGCCGAGUUGUCCGCUGGGCAAGCAGCGUCGUGAACUUUACGUUACUUGCCUAAGUAAGACCUUAUCGCAGCAGCCAGAGUAUAAGGAAUGCUGGCAGUUGCUCAACUAUAUGUCCAAGGCAGAUUUUAUAACCAAGUUGGAAAAAUGCAUAAAUAGAACGCAACAAUUUCUAGAGCAGCAAAUUUCACCAUUAGAGCUGGGCGCUGCCUGCAGCGCUGUGUGGCAAAGUCAGCUACAGACGCUGCGCAUUCUACUGAAAGCGCUAACCACAGCCAGUCUGGAGCAGCAGCAGGCGGCACAAGCCAAUACAACAACUGCCAAUUUAACGCAGGUGGCUUCACGGCAGGAACUGCAGGCACAACUGCUACAGCGCAGCAAACAGGAUAAGCAGCAGUCAAGCUCGGAAUAUGCGCGAGUUUUGCAAGAAACGCUUAACUAUAUUGAAACGCAUAUAGUGCUGGAGCAACUGCGUUCAUUGCAGCAGGCACCGCCACUGCAUGAACUUUACGUGUUUAGCGAUAUUGCCACAGUGCGUCGCCACAUUAUUGGUGCACCACGUGCCGCGCUGCAUACGGCACUCAACAAUCCGCAUUUCUAUUUGCAGUGCAAGUGCUGCGAGCUUCAGGAAUCCACGCAGCUGGUCAGCACAUUGCCUGAUUUAUCGCUGGUCUACAAGCUACACUUGGAGUGCGGUCGCAUGAUUAAUAUAUUUGACUGGCUCCAGGCUUUUCGUUCUGUGCUGCGCGUUGCAGAUGACCAAGAGUCAGCGGAUGUAGCGCAAGAGCAACUCGAUCCGCAGUUACAAGCACGCUUUACACGCGCUGUAGCUGAGCUGCAGUUCCUGGGUUACAUCAAAAUGUCCAAGCGCAAAACGGAUCAUGCCACACGUCUCACCUGGUAGACGUUACUAACUCAUAUUCCAUAUUUAGAUUCUCAUCUGUGUACAUUUUAUGCAUCAAUAAAAUAAAUUUUCU